CCUUCGCAACGAAUCCCACUCUCACCUACCUUCUCUCAUGCUCCCACGGCUCGUCUGGACACAUCUCUGCGUAGACAUAUAUACCUCCAUUCUGGCUGAUUCAAGUCUGUGACGUGCUACUUGACAUCAGGUUUCGGUAACGGAAGAAGAACCCAUCUGUUCGCGGCGGGUGUAGAUGGUGAACAAGAGGUUGUUAAUACUGGGUUUCAGUGGACCUCCUGGACUGCUCUGAGUGUACUGGCGUUCAAGUUCAUCCACGGUUGUGAACCUUGAGACGAGCUUCAGCUUUUGCUGUUUUUUCUUCGACUUGCUGAGGAGUCUCAGUGUUGGCCGGAUUCUUGCUCUGCAGACAUCAUGUCGAACGUCAUCCCGGAGACUUUUUAUGGGGGACAUGAGCCCCAGUGGAUGGUGGAGAGUCAGAAAGAGGGUCAUUCCCAUUUUUCUCGUCGUGGAUGCGUUCGUCAAAUACGAUCAACAUCCAGCGGUUUUGUCCCAGCGAGAACUGAGAAUCUGCCCAGUGCAGGGUCCAGCUACCCUUUGAGGAAGCUUCCCAUGACGACUGUGGAUCACCAUCACGCAUAUACCUACAGCGAUACUCCCACGAUGCGCCUAUCUGUCGAUCGAACUCCAUUGUCGAACACAUUUAUGAACGUACCCAUUGUCGAGUUUAUGGUGCCCCUAUGCUGUGGAAAGUGCGAGGAGAAAGUGAAAGAAGAGCUAGAGAACAUCGUCGGCGUUUACAAGGUUGUGUGUGAUCAACACAACCAAAGAGUGACAAUUUCCAGCAAUUUAGAACCUCAAUGGCUGCUCAAGAGAGUCAAGAGAAUCAAGAAAGGUUCGCAGUUCUGGAGGGGCAGGACGCUCCUCCAAAGUAUCCAUAUUCCGAGCGAUCCUCCCGUCGACCAGUCUCAGAAUAGCCGAGAACACUUGUCACAUGCUCGUCACUCAGAGAUCUCUGUUUACAGAGAGCCUAAUUAUCACAAACAAAGGUCACAAACUUCAAAUCAAAAUCAGAGGCACAUUACAAGGUCGUCAUACGAUGGUAUCCAGCAACGAGAUCCCGAGAAAAGAUCAGUGGGUGCAGUGGCCGACGACUGCGAGUACUACAACGCAGGAGCAGAGCACUGGUACAACCGUUCAAGUCAUGGCUCCUCCCCAUACAGAACCUCCUUGGAUGCAGCUCCGGGCUUCAUCUCGGCGCCAGUUCUCAGUCCACUCCGGCACGGGCAGCCUUCAUAUGGGCAAGUGAAUCAGAUGGAGGAUCGCUGGCCAUUGCCCUCUCCUGUGUGCUACCGCUACUAUUAGUUCAGCACAACCAGCUAAAAAUGGUGACUAAAAGCUGCAGCGGCUCCAACAGUUAAACCUUCCGCGCACAAAUCGAGAUGUAAAAAUGGUCCCCGUCAUGGUGCGAAAAAGAGACAGUUGUAUAUGGAUGUUUUUUUGUAGUUAGAGGAGCCAUCCGAUUCGAGAUGUGGUUUACAUUUUUUUCCGGCCAUACAAUAAACUUUGAAGGAUGUGCUCAACACGAAUGUUAACACUGGAGACCACUUAUGUUGGUAUAGUUAUGUGGAUGAGUUUUAGGAGAGGAAGUUGAAUAUGUGUAACAAUGUAGUUUUUUAUGUGAUAUAAUGAAGAACAAGACGUGCCCUUGUGCGCGCAAGAGUUGGAUCUGAGAGGAAUUACUCCGCGCUUAGAUAAGAUCUAAUUUGUACUGUGAUGUUGCUGCUCUUUUGUGAGAAAGUCCAGCAUAAAUUACCUGCGUAUACUUGUAUCCUCUAAAUGCAAACUUGCUCCAUUUGGCAUAUAUUUGGGGAUGUUUUAGAGAGCACUUGUUA